GUCACCUGACCCAGUUGCGGGGCUGAGAGCACAAGGGAAAGCGCUGUCGCCGGAGUCUCAGCCUCGUCUGCCGUCCCCCGAAGCCGCCGGGACCCUCCGUGCCGCCGCCGCCGCCCAGCCUCCCGCGCCAUGCCGUCGGAGAAGACCUUCAAGCAGCGCCGCACCUUCGAACAAAGAGUAGAAGAUGUCCGACUUAUCCGAGAGCAGCAUCCUACCAAAAUCCCGGUGAUAAUAGAACGAUACAAGGGUGAGAAGCAGCUUCCUGUCCUGGAUAAAACCAAGUUCCUUGUACCUGAUCAUGUCAACAUGAGUGAACUCAUCAAGAUAAUUAGAAGGCGCUUACAGCUCAAUGCUAAUCAAGCCUUCUUCCUAUUGGUGAAUGGACAUAGCAUGGUGAGCGUCUCCACACCGAUCUCGGAGGUAUAUGAGAGUGAGAAAGAUGAAGAUGGAUUCCUGUAUAUGGUCUACGCCUCCCAGGAGACAUUUGGAAUGAAAUCGUCAGUGUAAGACUAGAAAAAUGCCUCUAUUGUAGAAUUUUUGAACCCUUACAAAGGAAAAAAAGGGAUGUUACCAACUGAGAUUGAUCAGUUCAUGUAAUCAUAGAUCAUCAAAACAGUAGUGUUCCACCUAGGAGUUUUAGGAAGUUGUUUUUGUAUUUCAGUCAGAGAAACUGAGCUCCAUAUGAUCACAUUCAGCUUGGAAAACUGUUAUUACUUAACCUAGGCUAUCUUUUCAAAUUUUAGAAGUUUAAAAACAAAAUACUUUGCGUUCUAAGUUGCCAAUAAAAUAGACCUUUAAGUUAUUUUGAUUCUCUUUUUUCCCCAAUAGGAACUUAUAUUUCAAGCAGUAACUUAAAGGCAUUCAGAAAGACACUGUCUUUAGUUUCACAGAACCGGCCAUUUUUUAAUAGAAGGGUUUCUACUCAACUAGAGAAAUCUCCCUGAGAGGAUCUCUAAGUUGUCAAGCAUAACACCCCAAAAUGCAUUUGCCAUAAUGGUUGGCACAAAAGCAGGGUAAAACGGGGGUGUAUAAAAAACCACUCUAUGAACUGCUGCUCGAGGUUCCUGAUUCCUAACAGAGGUAUACCAAAAGUCCAAACUUCUGCAGUGUUGGAAAGUUCUUACUUGGUUUUGUUUUCUAGACAGUUACACACAGAAAACAACCAGUACUCAAUAGGCACUUUGACUACUUUCCAGUUUUGGUCUAGUUUCUUAAAAGGCCCCAGAGAGAGAAAAGUGGCAUUUCUUCUGUUUUGGAGUUUCUUUGAUCUAAGACUUCAAACUAGUACCUGCUUUGAUAAAUAAACAAGCAGUUGUAUCAGUGUCAUCCUUUAGGACUGUUGUAGAAACUACAGAAUAGUAAAACUGAAAGCAUUAUAAUCGAGAUGCACUCCCUUCUACCUUUUGGCUUAAAGCUAUGGAUGAUCCUUAUUUUUUUUUAAAAUGUUAAAUGUAUAACUAAAAUGUUACUAAAAGGUCCUCGCAUUUUUUAAGAGUAAGGUCAGUUGUCUAUUAGGUCAAACUGCCAUCAGAAUUCUCUCACUUUUAAAUGCAUGUCAAUUGUGAAGAAAACAUAGCAAAAGGAGACGUAUGCUCUCUACAGAUAUUAACAUCAAGAGUUAAACAUCUUCCAAGUUUCCAAGUUUAAGUCCAAUCUAGAAUAAAGACCAAUGCUUCCUCCUACCUGCAUGGGGUCCACUAUUUACUAUUUUCUUGGAAGUAUCACAGAAAGAUCAGUUACACUUCAGACUGUACAUGUAGCAGUUCACAACUUACCCUUAUGUAUUUAAAUGUGUAUGGAAUACUUGUAUCUGUUAGUGAAAGUUGUUGGCUGUAAUGGAGGGGAAAAGCAGUAUUACUGCAUCUGGGCCCUCGACUUAUCAUUAAAGGAAUUCCUGUCACCUGCUCUCCCCGCUGCAUGCAUCUGUCCACAUGGCUAACUUUUAAUAUGUAUAUUUUUACAUUAUGUAAAUUCUUAAUCAGCUUGUCUUGUUUAGAUUGUAUACGUCAUUAUAUCUGACAUUCUUGUAACUACUGUGUGAUCAGUAAGAUUCCUAUAAGAAAUACUGCUUUUUAAAAAAAUACCACCGCUGAGAGGGGUGACCUGUAUCCCAUGUUAGUGGGUGGUCACUUUAUUUAUAGGAUCUUUAAAACAAGUACAUUUUUAAUGAACUAAGGUGAAUAAAGGCACAAUUAAAAACUGUCA